GUCAACUAAUGUUCCAAAUUGAAGUCAUCAAUAUGAUAUUCAAUUCUCUUCCCUAUUCAUUUACAUACCAAUGCAUUUUGUAACAUAUUGGUAAAAGAUGAAGAUGAUGAGCCCAAUUUUCUUAAAUUUAAUUAUAAUUCUUUUAACAAUCUGUUUAUCUUCAUCUGAUGCUCAACCUACAAAUAAGCCCUUAUUCAUAAGCUGUGGACUACCCAAGUCGGCCACCUCGCAGUCGUCCGACAGCCGCACAUGGAUGUCCGAUGAGGACUCCACUUAUGCUCCUGUUGAUAUCAACUCCAUCUCCUCCGUUGCCACCGUCAUUGGCCAAGAUCCUCCGUAUGACACGGCUCGAUUAUUCCAAUUCCCACUUACCUACACCUUCUCGCUUCCCCCGGGGCCUAAAUUCCUCCGCUUAUAUUUUACAUGUUCUACUUCAUACAACACUAUCCAACCUUCUCAGUUCUUUAUUUCUCUACAAGCAAACGAAUUCAACCUGUUGAAAAACUUUAGCCCUUUUCUUAACACUCCCGAUGACAAGUCACAAAUUAUUAAAUAUGAGUUCCACCUCACUGUUGAAAACCAUCUCAACUUGACCUUUACUCCAGGAGAUGGUGCUAAUGAUAAUAAUAGCUCUGGUUUUAUAAAUGCCAUCGAAAUAGUUCCAAUUCCAGACGGCCUUUAUAUUAAUUUAACCAAACACUUGGAUUAUAUCAGUAAUCCUGAGGCUGGAUACAUUCCUCAGAAUCCCACCGCGUUGCAAACUGCUUACCGUUUGAACGUUGGUGGUGCAACCAUUCCCCCCAAUGAAGAUUCCGGAAGCAUGUGGCGCACGUGGUACUACGACCUUAACUACAUGCCUAAAAGGUUUACAGGAAAGGAAGGUGGGAUUAAAUAUGGUACCCCUCCAAAACUCAAUUACACGGUGAUCCCUGCUUACGUAGCACCGGCGUUGGUGUAUGCUUCGGUGAGGAUAAUUGGGGAUAACCCCGUGGAAGUUAGAUUGAGGAAUAAUCUAACCUGGAUAUUUCAGGUAGACCCAGGGUUCGAUUACUUAAUGAGGCUCCAUCUUUGUGAAAUGAAUGUAAAUAUAACACCAAGUGUAAAUAGAGCGUUCGAUGUGUACAUUGAUAACCAGAUGGCGAUUUCAGGAGUCGAUGUUUGGGCGAUUUCAGGAGGUUUGGGGGUUCCAAUCUAUCUUCAAACUGUUAUACGAGUUUAUGGUGACAGUAAUGGAACCAAGGUUCCGUUAAGGCUCGAUCUCCAUCCUAGGAAUACAGGUGAAGGAGAUGUACUGUUGAAUGGUUUGGAGAUCCUAAAGUUUAGCGAAUUCACUGGAAGAUACUCAUAUCUUGCAGGACCUAAUCCACCACAAGGUCCACAAGUGCCUACCUCUCCAACAACAUUUCAUGGAAAAGGAUCAAGGCACCAUUUGCUUCCGCCGAUAAUAGGUGGCGCAAUUUUUGUUUCCCUUUUCGUUUUAGGUUGCGUUGUAUAUAAACGGCGGGCAAACCAAAAGGAUAUGUUUAAGAUGAAAACCAUGGACACAAACACCUCCAGCAAGGAGAAGUGGGCCCCUAUUUCAGUAGGAUCUACAGCUAGCACUUUGAGUUCAUCUCUGCCUUGUGAUCUUUGUCGACGUUUCUCGUUCACCCAAAUCAGGGUUGCAACGAGUAAUUUCGACGAGAGCUUGGUUGUAGGUAGGGGUGGAUUUGGUAAGGUCUACAAGGGUUCUAUAGACGGUGGAACCACCAUAGUGGCUAUCAAACGGCUUAACUCUACUUCCAAACAAGGAGCCCGCGAGUUUCAAACUGAGAUUGAAAUGCUCUCAAGAUUACGUCAUGUACACCUAGUGUCCUUGAUCGGGUACUGCGAGGAUGAGGGUGAAAUGAUCCUGGUUUACGAGUACAUGCCUCAAGGCACACUUCGAGAUCAUUUGAUGUAUAAGAUCCCUGAGAAAUUGGGUAACAACACACCACUAUCAUGGAAACAACGCCUCACAAUCUGUGUAGGAUCAGCUCGUGGCCUACAUUAUCUCCACGCGGGUGCUAAACAACUGAUAAUACACCGCGAUGUCAAGUCUACCAACAUACUCCUUGAUGACAAGUGGACAGCUAAAGUAUCAGACUUUGGCCUCUCCAAGGUAGGACCUGAACAAGGUGGAGUGGGUUCUUUACAUGUUAGCACCGCUGUGAAAGGGAGUGCUGGGUAUUUAGACCCUGAAUACUACCGAAGUCAUCAAUUGACAGAGAAGUCCGAUGUGUACUCCUUUGGAGUAGUAUUGUUCGAAGUCUUAUGUGCUCGUGCUGCAGUAAAUCCUAACCUUCCCAGGGAAGAAGCAAACUUGGCAAUGUGGGCUCGAAGUCGAUAUAAAAAGGAAAUCCUCCAUACUAUUGUAGACCCAACUCUAACAGGUCAGAUAGCACCCGAGAGUCUAAGGAAAUUCGGAGAGAUUGCUAAUAUGUGUGUACGUGAUCAAGGGAGCGACCGUCCCUCAAUGGGGGACGUAGUAUGGGGUUUAGAGUUUGCCUUACAACUUCAAGAAACUGCUCAACAGAACAUUAUUCGUAGUGGUUCUAUAGAUGAAAGUUUCGAUCUAAGUAGCACUACAUUUAAUGGUCUUCUAGAUGUUGGUAUUGCAAAUAGUAUGGAGGACUUUACCGCGUCAAGGGAUAACUUUACCGAGAGCAGUGUUGUUCAGAGUGAUUCAAAGAGGUUAUUGGAUAGUAGAUCAACUACCAGUAUAUCAUCAGAUUAUCCUGUUGACAUCAAGUCUGCUUCUGUCUUUUCGGAGAUUAUUGAUCCAAAGGCCAGAUGACAAUAUUCCUCAUCAAUUUCUUUCUUUUCGACAAGUAAUUACUUCUUACUGUUAACUUACUGUAAUAUAUAAACACUUUCAUAUAAAUUUUCCGUUGUGUAGCCUUCUUUUUACGAAACUUGUUAUUAAGCCUGUGCAUUCUCAUGGUUAUGCAAUACAAGUAGUAUUCUUGUUAUGUACUUUAUCCGUUACUAUUCAUGAAUUUUCAAAUAUCAUUUUUUAUUUA